AUGUCACAACAACAACAACAACCAAAGACAACCAUUAGAGAGUCAAGAGAUAUGUUGAUUUCACUCUUCCCAGAGUGCGAAAAGCAAAUUAAAGACGAUGUCAAUUGCUACAUAAAGUUUGGACCAAACCCAGAGUCUCUUCAAGUAAACUGUAAUAAAGAAAACUGGGAAUGCACUUUCUGUUUAUCAUUGUGUGACGCUGCACAACCAUUGAAGAAAUGCAUGCAAACCAACAACUAUCAAACUUCUGCAUGUCAACCAGAGAUUAAUAACUUUUUGGCUGAAUGUCGUCCAGAGACAAUGAGAGACAGAAUCGAAAAGAGAGCCAACUUGAAGAAUUAG